UGCUUGGCUUCCAAGGCCAUUCAACUUGUUCACCAGAUUCUAGUUGAGCCAAAACCUUUACUUCCGUAAUGUACAAAAAGCCAACCAACUAAAACCCCUUAGGAUCUUCUUGUCCAUAUCAAUGCAGCGAACAGAAGAUGAAUUUCUGUGAAGAAAAAGUGUGAGUUUUUCUUUUUCAAGAGAUGGGAAAUUGUGGUUCGGUUCGUAAAACCCAAGACUCUUCCCCUAAGUCACAACUCAAAUGCUCAAGCUUUUCUAGGACAGGAUGCAUCCUCACUGAACGGCCUAUUCAAGAAAACACAAUUCGUACCGUGAUGCCCGGUGCAAGCAGUUUACGAGAACUAAUAACUGGAAAAUUUCGAUUUUGUUUGAGUUUCUCGUUUUGUAAGCAAUCUGUGCAUGCUUGCUACUCUGUAGAUGGCAAAGAGGAUAUGCAAUUUUCUUCUGACCCCAGGUUAGAAUCUGAUUGUGAAGAUUUCUUCAGUGUCAAUGGUGAUCUUACCCCAUCCAGCACCAAUACUCCAAUCCACCAAAGCAGCCCCAUAAAAUCCCCGGCAACUGAUGUGAAAAAGCAACUGAUUGAAUUGUUUCAUGAAAGCUUCAAUGAUGAGGCUGGCCAUCAGGAUUUACAUUAUGAGUCGGAAGCAGAAUCUUCUAUUUUUCACCGGACACAAAAUUCAGCAAACAAAACCCCAUAUGAAUCUGUAGCAGAUAUAGUUUUCAGAAGCGUGGCGAUUUCAAACGCAAAUUCCGAACCCAGGACUAGAAAAAAUACAGAGUUUGCACAAUGCUGCCUGCCAAAGUUGGUGCGGAACCUAAGCUUCAGUGAGAGGAAGAAACGCUGAGUGACAAAGAAAUCCAGGAUGUCAAAAUUUUCCUUUUAUUGCUUAGUUAUUUUCGUCUUGGUGGCUGAAUUGUAAUUCUGAAACAAUCUAUAUAAAUGUGUUUAUGUGUGAGUUGUAUUGUAUUUAUUAAGAACAUCUGUAAAAUAGUACAAAUUCUGAUGCUUUAUACUAUAUCAUUGCUUCUGGUGACACUUUUGGUCUAUGAAGCUCUC